AUGGCACUUAUGCACUGGUUGCUUUUCCUCGCGCCUUGCCUUCUCCAAGGGGCAGCGGCAGCGGCAGCUUCUAGGUCCUCUCAAUGGGACACGGCCCGAGAACUAGGAACAGCAGAUCACUUCAACGACCACCUCGACUGGGUUAAAAACAUCCACAGGGAAAGCCUCACGAAGCGGGAUGGCGUCGACGGCGACGACGGCGACGACCCAGGCGGUGUAGCACACGAGUAUCACGGACACGAGUUUGGUUUCCAGGGCUACUCGGGUUUCUUCAAGCGCAGUGUGCUUAAACAGAUUGAAGAAGACGAGCAUGUCGCCUUCAUAGAAGCUGAUAAGAUCCAUGCCGUCGAGUGCGAUAAGUGGGAGGCAGCUGGGAAGGUCAAGUCCUCUGCAAACGUGCAGAACUUGAACGGCAACCCUGCGACUGGCCUCUUGACACCAGGACAGGGAUAUAAUUCGUUCUUACAGAGAGGACUGGUGGUCGACGCCGUCAUCUGGCCCGACAACAACGACAAUGACCACGACGACGACACCUACUACAACAACUUCAACAAAAGGGAGUCGAGAGAUGCCUCCUCUGCGCCGGAAGCACGUAUAGCAGUCCAAACCUUCAAUUUCACCUCACCUCGCGCAGGGCCGUGGAACUUCAGAAACGUAAACCUGACAGAGUGGCUCGAAAUGCCCGACAUGAGCGAGAUUGAGGCCAGUGCCGACGCCUAUGAGAGAGAACUGCUGGAAAAGUGGGAAAAGGACCGACAGACGAACGAAAGGAACAACAGCACGACUGCAACAAGCAAGCUGCACAGUCGUCACGCCGUGGAAGAGUGCACCAGCACCAUGGACAUAGACACGCAUUUUGCAAAAGAUCAUCACUCGUAUUUCAAGGCUCUCGACAUAAGUCUCGGUUUGACACUCUCAGGUUGGGGCCAAAGCGCAGCUCUAUCAGGCAAUUAUCUGGAUCAAACAACGUUCUCCAAGAAGAGCUUAACAUAUGUUGUCAGUUUUGUCCUUGGAAGACAGGUGCAAACGCCGGGUCGAUUCAAGUUGAACAUGGCAAGGUACAAGCCGGGAAACUUUACUCGCGACUUUGGCGACAGCUGGAUCCACGGCAAGUAA